CGCAGCUUGAUGACGACAUUUCGGCGCCUGGUGGAGGAAUGGCGGCUUCCAGGUCUGAGGCGGGUAGUGCUGGCAGUCCCGCAGUGGUUUCCUAAAGCGAACAUUAUCGACUGUCCACGGGAGGCUGCUAUGGCGUUUCCACACUUGCAGCAGCCCAGCUUCCUACUGGCUAGCCUCAAAGCUGACUCUAUAAAUAAGCCCUUUGCACAGCGCUGCCAAGACUUGGUAAAAGUCAUUGAGGAUUUUCCAGCAAAGGAGCUGCACACCAUCUUCCCAUGGUUGGUAGAGAGUAUCUUCGGCAGCCUGGAUGGUGUUCUCGUUGGCUGGAACCUCCGCUGCCUACAGGGGCGUGUGAAUCCUGUGGAGUAUGGCAUCGCAAUGGAAUUUCUAGACCCAGGUGGCCCAAUGAUGAAGUUAGUGUAUAAACUUCAAGCUGAAGACUAUAAAUUUGACUUUCCUGUUUCCUACCUCCCUGGCCCUGUGAAGGCAUCUAUCCAAGAGCGUGUGCUCCCUGACAGCCCUUUGUACCACAACAAAGUCCAGUUUCCCCCCAGUGGGGGCCUUGGCCUAAACCUAGCCCUUAAUCCAUUCGAGUAUUACAUAUUCUUCUUUGCCUUGAGCCUCAUCACUCAAAAGCCACUGCCUGUGUCCUUCCAUGUCCGUACUUCAGACUGUGCGUAUUUCAUCCUGGUGGACAGGUACUUGUCAUGGUUCCUGCCCACCGAAGGCAGUGUGCCCCCACCAUUCUCCUCCAGUCCAGGGGGAGCCAGCCCCUCACCAGCUCCCAGGACACCAGCCAUGCCAUUUGCCUCUUAUGGUCUUCAUCACACUAGCCUCCUGAAGCGACACAUCUCUCAUCAGACAUCUGUGAACGCAGACCCCGCCUCCCAUGAAAUCUGGAGGUCGGAAACUCUCCUUCAGGUUUUUGUUGAAAUGUGGCUUCAUCAUUAUUCCUUGGAGAUGUACCAAAAAAUGCAGUCCCCUCAUGCCAAGUUGGAGGUUCUGCACUACCGACUCAGUGUUUCCAGCGCCCUCCACAGCCCUGCCCAACCCAGCCUCCAGGCCCUCCACGCCUACCAAGAGUCAUUUGCACCCACGGAGGAACAUGUGCUAGUGGUUCGCCUGCUGUUGAAGCAUUUGCAUGCUUUUGCCAACAGCCUGAAGCCAGAGCAGACCUCACCCUCUGCCCAUUCCCAUGCCACCAGCCCCCUGGAGGAGUUCAAACGGGCUGCUGUACCACGGUUUGUCCAGCAGAAGCUGUACGUGUUCCUGCAGCACUGUUUCGGCCACUGGCCCCUGGAUGCAUCCUUCAGAGCUGUCCUGGAGAUGUGGCUGAGCUACCUGCAGCCAUGGAGAUAUGCACCUGAGAAGCAGGCUCAGAGCAGUGAUUCCCAGCCCCGGUGCGUGUCGGAGAAAUGGGCACCCUUCGUCCAGGAGAACCUGCUGAUGUACACCAAGCUGUUUGUGGGCUUCCUGAACCGGGCACUUCGCACAGAUCUGGUCAGCCCUAAAAAUGCGCUUAUGGUGUUCCGAGUGGCUAAAGUAUUUGCCCAGCCCAACUUGGCAGAAAUGAUCCAGAAAGGUGAGCAGCUAUUUCUGGAGCCAGAACUUGUCAUUCCCCACCGUCAGCACCGGCUCUUCCCAGCUCCCACAGUCACUGGCAGCUUCCUGUCACCAUGGCCACCAGCUGUCACUGAUGCUUCAUUCAAGGUGAAGAGCCACGUCUACAGCCUGGAGGGCCAGGACUGCAAGUACAUCCCAAUGUUUGGGCCUGAGGUCCGGACCCUGGUCUUGCGCCUAGCUCAGCUCAUCACACAGGCCAAGCAGACCGCCAAGUCCAUCUCUGACCAGUGUGUGGAGAGCCCUUCUGGCCGCUCUUUCUUGUCAUGGUCAUGGUUGGGCUUCUGCCCCACAGAUCCAAAUGGCUGCUAUCCAGCCAAUGACCUCGAUGAAAUGGGCCAGGACAGCGUCCGCAAGACAGAUGAGUAUCUGGAGAAGGCCCUGGAAUACCUGCGCCAGAUAUUCCGACUCAGCGAAUCCCAGCUUGCCCAGCUCACACUCGCCCUAGGAAACACACAGGAUGAGAAUGGGAAGAAGCAGCUCCCAGACUGCAUUGUGGGGGAGGAUGGACUUAUUCUCACGCCUCUGGGCCGCUACCAGAUCAUCAAUGGGCUUCGAAGGUUUGAAAUCGAGUAUCAGGGGGAUUCAGAGCUACAGCCCAUCCGCAGCUACGAGAUUGCCAGUCUGGUCCGCGUGCUCUUCCGGCUGUCAUCUGCCAUUAAUCACAGAUUUGCAGGCCAGAUGGUAGCUCUGUGUUCCCGGGAUGACUUCCUUGGCAGCUUCUGUCGCUAUCACCUCACUGAGCCUGCUCUGGCCAACAGACAUCUGCUAAGCCCCGUGGGGCGGAGGCAGGCUAGCCAUGCCCGGGGCCCCAGGCUCAGCCUGCGCUUCCUGGGCAGCUACCGGACGCUGCUCUCACUCCUGCUGGCCUUCUUUGUGGCCUCUCUGUUCCGCAUUGGGCCCCUGCCCUGCUCCGUGCUCCUCAUCCUGGUCUACCUCCUCUAUGCCAUGGCCAUGACACUGCUCACUGAGCGGGGGAAGCUGCACCAGCUGUAACAUUCAGCCACUGUCUUCAGCGCAGACUGGUGGAAUUUGCUUCCUACUCCCUUCCCUGGACCUGAGAGACUCUGGCAGGCUAUUUCCAAGCCAGAGCAGCAUCAUCUUUGGGGUUCUUGGGAGUGUUUUCCUGCAAUAGUGGAGUGACCCACAAGAAACUGAAAUGAAGAGGAAGAGUGGUCCAGGCUUGGCAUGGAAAGGAUGGUGUCAGAGGAUUCAUGAGCCAUCUGAUAAGCAGAGCUGACCAGAGGCCCCUCCCUCCAUCAGCCCAAGACCCCACAAGCAGCAGAGCUACUUCUUUAGGACUUUGUAACCAUUGUCCUCUGGGGAGCUGACCCAGCCUUAACCUCUCCCCUCUGGAAAUGACAUUUCCUCUUCCUCUAAAAUACCAGGACACUCAGCAUCCACUCCAGUAAAGAAUCAAAGUUUCUGAAAGAUACCUGAAAAAAACAAAUAAUGGUUCGCCUGAUUCACAACUUUAAAGCUAGAUUUUGCCAUAACGUUUGGUAAAGCAAGGAUCGGUCUCUGUUCUCCAGGCUAGUUGGAGGCUGGGGUGUAGAAUUCCACUUUUGAGUUCCAGGAAGACCUCAGAGCACAGGUGUGAUAGGACAGUGUUACCUCAGGCCCUCAAGCCGUCACGUAUGCCCUUGCAGAAUCGUGGCAUACUGGUCUUCAGCAGGUAUGGCUACUAAGGGAUCCACGAAGACAGAUCCUGCCAUCUUCUGUCUAUAACCAAAGAUGGUCAGAAGCGUCAUUUAUACCUUCAAUAAAAUC